GGCUAUAGUCGUUAAAAUGGUUUUCAGUAUUAGACCUGUUGGAAUUGAAUAUUAAAUAUGCAAUAAAUAUGCAUUUUGUAAUACGAACAAAUGUAUUCAUCUAGCAACUACGACUAAAUCUACAUGCGUGGAUAUUUGAUAUAGGAAUAAAGAAAUACACGGAAUGAAACAUAACGAGAAUAUAUUCAGUAAAAUAACAUUUUAAUGACAAAAUACUUUAGUUGUUAGUUUGGGGAGUUUAGAAUUUAGAAUAUUUGUAUUCCAUACAUAUUUAUGUAUUUUUACAUCUACCGUAAUGCAACGACGAACGACAUCAAACGUAUUUAUGAAAAAUCGUAGUGGCAGAAAACGUAUAGCAAUGUCGUUAGGUCAUUGCAAUUCUAUGAAUUUUUUUCUCCUUCAAACAUAUCAAGUAUUUACUCUGUAUAAAAUGUACUUUUGCGUGUACUGAUGGAAUUGAUCAUGUGAAUAAUAGUUUACCUUUACCUACUUGUUGAAUGACAGUUAUUCAUACUCGGUUUCAUAGAUUUCAAAGUUCUUUCUAUUACUACUUAAUUUUGCACAUUUUAAUUUACAAAAUCUAGUGGAAGCACCAAAUUAAUAAUGAUUUCAAAUAUUCAGUGUAUAUUAGUAUUUAUUUUUACAAUAGUUACUACUACUGCAAGAGCAGAGGAUUAUUGUUUCAAGAACUGUCAGAAUUAUUUCCCAGGACAGAAAUUUUCAGAUUGUGUAAGAGCUCAAACAUCAGGCAGUAAAAACUGCGGAUUGCCUCCAUUUUUCGGAAUCAUUGUACUAUUCACAAUUAUAGUUGUACUCCUCGUGUUGGGAUUAUGCGUCCGGAAUUGCAUGCUAGUGAGCGACUUGUAUUCUGAUAGUCAGCUAAGCAGGAGAGCUAACACAUUCAACCAAAGUACUUUAUCUCGACCUCCUCAGUACACUGUGUACAAUAUACAUUCGCAAGAAUUUGCACCACCGUACGAAUCGGUAGGCGUAGUUCCUCCGUACAUACAAAAUCAUCACUCCAACCACGGAUUCCAAAGAUCUGACAGCGAAUCACAAUUGCCAUCAUAUGAUCAAGCUAUGGCCAAGACGUCCAAGUGAUUCUAGAUCAAUUCAUAGUUAAUACAUAUGUAUUGGACAAAUAAAGUACCUGAAGGUUCUAAAUACUUAUUUAGUUGUUAAAUUAAGUCGGUAACUGGUAAGGUAACCGGUAUAAGGCUGAUUCUAAUCCUGAAAUUGUCAGUAUUGUACUAGAUAGAUACGUAUAUCUACAGAGUAAACAUACAUACGUAAUCAAAUUAUUAUUGAUAUACUAUGACAAUGGAUAUCAUGCUUUCAUACAAUGGCAAACAUGGUUUCUUGUGUUGUCCAGUUUGUUUGCAUAUGUAUGUUUGUAAAUUCUCACGUCUGCUUCAGAUUAUUUAACCUUGUAGACAACAUAAGUUUUAGAGUAAAGGGGAUAGAAUUUGUAUGCAAGACAAAGUAAUAAAUUUUGCAAGCCAUUGCAUACUGCAUUAA